ACACACACACACACACACACACACACACACACACACACACACACACACACACACACACACACACGCACAAAAACAAAACAAAAAAAACACACACUACAGGAAUGUGUUUCCAGUUCUAUUAUUACAUGAAUAGUUCGUUUUCCACCGAGUCUGAGCCUGCGCAAAGUUCCCUUUGGGCACAAGCUCAGUACUGACUGGAUGAGUGACUUUACUGUGUGGCUGUGUGUGAGAGAGUGUGUACGUGUUCUUCAAUAGAGCGAGAGAGAGAGAGAGAGAGAGAGAGAGAGAGAGAGAGAGAGAGAGAGAGAGAGAGAGAGAGAGAUUGUGAGAAUCACAGGAGAACCGAACCGGACCGGACCUGUCAGCGGCGCGCGCGGUGGAAUCAUUUGGCGCACCGGAGAAAUUAUUGGUUCACUCAAUACGCAUCUAUCUUUAGACUUUAUAUUGUUUUUGUUUUCUUUACUCUCCACUCUGCUCUGUCGUUUCACCCACAUAUGGGCUUUAAAACAACUUAAAGAAGAUUAACUUUCUUAUUGUUUGGUGUCGCGAUUUGAGCGGAAAACGGAAAGACGGGAAAACUUUCAUUCUUAACAGGUCCUGAUACAGCCCAGAAAAUGCAAGAACAUUCACUGGAAACAUUAACGGUCUAUAAAAUACAACAGCUGAAUAUCUAAACCGAAAGCAACAACAGGCCCUUGGAUCAAACAUGACUGUGCUUCCAGUAAGGAUCCUCUCUCCUGUCAUGACUCCUCUAGUUCUCACUAUGAUGGCCAAAAUCCUGCUCCUGCUCGUCACACCCGUCCCAGUUCAGGCCAGUCCGAGGUACGUCCCGGCACUUCCCGGCGCCAAACGGGAGAUCGUCAUGGAUGGCGACCUGGUGAUCGGUGGCUUGUUCCCUGUACACGAGAAAGGCGAGGGCACACAAGACUGUGGGAAGAUCAAUGAACAGCGUGGGAUCCAGCGUCUUGAGGCCAUGCUCCUGGCACUCGAUGAGAUCAACCAGGACAAUCGCCUCCUACCAGGUGUCAAGCUGGGUGCUCACAUCCUUGACACCUGCUCCAAGGACACUUACGCACUGGAGCAGUCGCUGGAGUUCGUCCGCACGUCUCUCACCAAAGUGCACCAGCCCGGGUUCAUCUGCCCCGACGGGUCCAACCCGGUGCCAGACGAGGCUCCGCUGGCUAUAUCCGGAGUGAUCGGGGGAUCGUAUAGCGAUGUCUCCAUACAGGUGGCCAACCUGCUGCGGCUCUUCCAGAUCCCUCAGAUCAGCUAUGCCUCCACCAGUGCAAAGCUGAGCGACAAAUCCCGCUAUGACUACUUUGCUCGGACCGUGCCACCAGACUUCUACCAGGCGAAAGCCAUAGCUGAGAUCCUGCGGCACUUUAACUGGACCUAUGUCUCAACAGUAGCCUCGGAGGGUGACUAUGGCGAGACAGGCAUUGACGCUUUCCAGCAGGAAGCACGUGUGCGCCAGAUCUGCAUCGCCACUUCGGUCAAAGUCAGCCGGUCCAUGAACCGGGGCAACUACGAGACUGUGAUCCGCUCGUUGCAGCAGAAGGCCAACGCCAAAGUGGUGAUCAUGUUCACACGCAGCGAGGAUGCCAGAGAACUUCUGGUUGCAGCAGCACGCAUGAAUGUAACCUUUAGCUGGGUGGCUAGCGAUGGGUGGGGGGCUCAGGAGAGUGUGGUACACGGCAGCGAGAAAGCGGCCAACGGGGCCUUCACCAUCGAGCUCGCGUCUUAUUCCAUCCGAGAGUUUGAGGACUACUUCACCAAACUCAAUCCUGAGCUGAACACACGUAACCCAUGGUUCAGAGAAUACUGGGAGCACAAGUUUGGGUGUCAGCUGCAGGAACCGGGCUGCGCCAGGCACAGCCUGAGAGAUGGCUCGUUCAAGCAGGAGUCAAAGAUCAUGUUCGUCGUGAAUGCCGUGUACGCAAUGGCGCACGCGCUGCAUAACAUGCGGCAGGCCGUGUGCCCCAACACCACACGAGUGUGCGAUGCCAUGAAACCUAUCAACGGCAAGAGGUUCUACCGGGAGUUCAUUCUCAAGACCAAGUUUGAUUCUCCAUUCAGACCUACUGAUACAGAGAACGUGGUACGCUUCACCCCUUUGGGUGACAGCUUGGGCCGCUACAACAUCUUCCACUAUCGGCAAGAGAACGGAAGAUAUGCCUACAGGAAGGUGGGGUACUGGGCCCAAAGUCUGGUUCUUAACACUACCGUUUUACACUGGGCUGGAGGAGCAGUGCCGACCUCCCAGUGCAGCGACCCCUGCCAACCGAACGAGGCCAAGAGCAUGCAACCUGGGGAUGUUUGCUGCUGGAUCUGUAUUCCUUGCCAAGCCCAUCAGUACCUUCUGGAUGAGUUCACCUGUGAGGAUUGUGGCUUCGGAGAAUGGCCUUUGGCUAACCUGACUGGCUGCUACAAGCUUCCAGAAGAAUACAUCCACUGGUCAGAUGCCUGGGCUGUAGGACCUGUGACCAUUGCCUGUAUGGGGAUGAUGUGCACCCUGGCCGUGGCUGGAGUUUUUCUACGGCACAACGACACUCCAGUGGUGAAGGCCAGUGGCCGUGAGCUGUCCUACAUCCUCCUGUUGGGGGUUCUCUUGUGCUACGCCAUGACCUUCAUCUACAUUGCAAAACCCACCGCAGUUGUCUGUGCCCUUCGACGUCUUGGCCUUGGCACCUCGUUUGCUGUGUGCUACUCGGCCCUGCUCACCAAGACCAAUCGUAUUGCACGGAUCUUUGGUGGAGUGCGAGACGGUGCCCAGCGGCCUCGUUUCAUCAGCCCCGCAUCACAAGUGGCCAUCUGUGGUGCACUUAUCUCUGUCCAACUGUUGGUGGCAUUGGUGUGGCUCCUGGUGGAGGCGCCAGGUGUCAGGAAGGAAAUGAGUCCUGAGAGGCGAGACGUGGUGACUCUGAAGUGCAACAGUCUGGAUUCCAGCAUGCUCAUGUCGCUCACCUACAACUGCAUCCUCAUCGUCCUGUGCACAUUCUACGCCUUCAAGACUAGGAAGUGCCCCGAGAACUUCAACGAGGCCAAGUUCAUCGGGUUCACAAUGUACACCACGUGCAUCAUCUGGCUGGCCUUUCAGCCCAUCUUCUAUGUCACUGCAAGUGACUACAGGGUUCAGACCACCACCAUGUGCAUCUCAGUGAGUCUGAGCGGCUCGGUGGUCCUCGGCUGCCUCUUCGCCCCCAAGAUCCACAUCAUACUGUUCCAGCCGCAGAAGAACGUGACAACGCUGAGGGCCAAGGACAACCGGUUCUCCACGGCUGCUACGGCCCCCAGCUCCACCUACUCACAUGCCUCAGCCGCGACCGUAGUUCCUACCGUGUGCAACGGGCGAGAGGUUGUGGACUCUACGACAUCGUCGUUGUGAAGGAGGAAAGCACGACUACACACGACCACACACAACUACACUACAAUAUCUCCAGUGAUGUCAUGGAUAAAUCUUCUAUCGAUGCCUCUUCCACCGCGGGUGCUUUGCUCAUCCGUUUCAGGCGCUUAAGAUGGAAUUCUAUUAGACAUUUACUUGACUAUCUAAGAGCUCAAUAAUAAAAACAAAUCCUGUAAAUGUGACGAUGUGGAAACAACGUGCCGGUAUGGACUAGUAAGUAGGUUUGUUGCCACAUUCUAAGCUACAAAACUUCGAGGGCAACUAACAAUUGAAUGAUUUAAGCUUGGAAUUGCUAUAGAACGUCUGGUUUGGAGCUGUCUUUAACACGACUUUGUUGACAUGCCCUCGUCAGGCGGCGGGUGCAAAAAACAAUUUCUUGGAUUUUAUUUCGUAUUUACAUUUUGAAAAAUGUUAUAUAUAUUACAGUUAGAAAUGGUAUUAAUCUAUAUUAAUCUAAUCUUAUAUUCUAUAUUACAUGUUAGAAAAAUGUGGUUUAUCCAACCACAAGCAUUUGUGUCAGUUAUUUAGCUGAAGGCAGCUUUUGGACCAGGUACGGACCCUCGGUCGUCUAACAAUUCUACUUAUUACGAUAAUGAAGAAUUAAACAAGCAGAACAGGGGGUGAGGGGAAGUCAACAAGAUCGUGUUAAAACAAAUUGUGUUUUGAAUGCAGUUGUAUGAAGUGUGUUAGAGAAGUGAAUGUUUUAAAAUGCACUCUGGAAUUUAAGGAACAUUAACAGUAGAUAUUUGACUUUACAUAUUUAUAAAAUCUGAACUUCACUGAACGAAGCUUAUCAGGUAACAAUAUUCUUCGACAGCGAUUAGCGCCGAGACAUGCUUUUCCAGCGUUUUUGCUGUAGGUACAACCCUGAAAAGUUGUUCUUAAAAAUGUAUAAUGUUCUUAGAUCUAAUGAAUUUAUAUAAACGACUGUGAA